UCAUUAAAACCUCUACACACGUCAAACGUGAACGUCAGUUGCAAUUGAAAUCUAAACAAGAAUAGUUAGUAGUUGUUGUGCUGCUGCUGUUUCUAUUAUUUUUAUAAAAGUAUUCAUUUCUGUGUGUCUUUUUCUUUUUGAAGAACAAGUAUAAUAGAAACAAAACUAGAAUUACAUAGAGCAAUAAAAAAGUGUCCUGUUUUUUUUUCGUUUCAAAGAUUAAUGUCGUUGUUUGCACAUGAAAUUUAAUUCUUGACGCCAAUUAAAAAGUGUCGAUUACAAAUUAUUUACGAUAUAUUAACUAACAUUUUGUAUAAAUUUCUCGUUGAUUCUCAUGCCACGUCAAACACACACACACUCAUCUACUUAUAGUAGAAACUGCAAAAUGAACAAAAAAUACAAAUUCUUAAAUUAAAAGAAAUUUAUCGUUUAAUCUCAAUUGACAAUUUCUUUUUUACUUGUAAAUUUUUCUCAACAAAAAGAAAAGUACUCAUCUGUUAAAAUACAAUACAAGCUCUGCCAAUCACUUAAUUAUCAAAAAAAUAAAUAAAAAUAAAUUAAAUUAGAUAAAAAACAUAAAAUAAACUGCCUGUUAAACUGUUAAAUAGUGAAAAAUAUCACAUAAAUAUAAAUUGGUCUAAAAAGAUUCAUUUAAAAGAAAUUUAAAAUGUAUGUUCGUUUAACACAUGACGAUUCGAAAUCGUCUACAAAAUCAUCAAAUUCAUCAUCAUCAUCGUCGCCUAGAAGAAGAGCAGCAGCUGAUUUUAACAUGCAAUGUUUCACGUGCUUAACUAUGCCGCAGAAAGUGUUGCUAAUAUUCUGUUGCAUGUGCAUAACAUUAUCGGCGUGUCUGGAGGAAGACUGUAUUGAUUUUCAAGGUAAUUCGGUAAAUCACGGCAUGCUAUAUGUACCAGGGCCAGGUGUGUGCAGUCUAUGUGUGUGUUACCAUUCGGAGCCUUUGUGGUGUAAAGCAAUUUACUGUGAUCCCCCCUACUUUUGUAAAAACUUUCGUGUUGGAGAGAGAUGUUGUGAAUUUGAAUGUUUAGAUCCACCGGGUGAAGAUGAUAAAUAUCGGGAACGUAUGCGCAAAAGGGCUGAAAUUUUAGCUGGCAAUAGUACGGCCUCCCCUACUCUAAGUCCACUGGCGGUUUCCACCAUUAUGUUAACAUUCUUGGGCAACACGUAUCUCAAUUUAUAACUUGAGCCAAAUAUUAAAUAAGUAACCAGGUGUUUAAUUAGAUAAAUUCAAUUUAAAAUAAUUUAGGACCAGUUUUUUAGUUUUAAUUAAAAAAAGAAAACUCAACAAUAAAUAAAUUUUAGUCAUUUCAAGACACUAAAGAACUGGACCUUUAAUGUAAAAAAUUAAAAAAACAAUUAACUAAUACCAAAUAUUAAAAUCCCUAAAACCUAAAAUAUAAAACUGAAAACACUCCCAAAACGAAUUGUUAUAAAUAUGAAAUAAUUAAAUAUUUAAUAAAAACCAAAAAAGAAAAUUAACAAUUCUUAGCAUUAGUUAACUUUUAAUUAGCACACUUUUUUAUAUAAAUAACAAACUAAAAUUUAAUAAAAAAAAAAACAUUUUAAAAUUUCAAAUAUUUAAUAAUUUCCCAAAUAUAAAAAAAUCCCUAAAAUAAAUACAAAAAAACAACUGCAACCAAAUAUGUAAUAUGAUUAAAAAAAUAAAUCUUUUUUUAAUAAAAAAAAUUUCAAAUAUAAAAAAAAUAAAUCAAAUGUAACCAAUUUAUGAUGAUAAUGAUAAUAAUUUUAAUAGUAGACUAAAUAUGAAACGAAAUAUGAAAAAAAACAAACAGUUAUAAAAAACAUUUUUAACAUUUAAUAUUAAAAAACAAAAAUAAUCUAACAACAAUUUCAAAAAUAAUUCUCUAUAAAAUAGACUUUAAUCCAAAAUAUAAAUAAAAUAAUAAACAAGGAAAUCAACUAUUGUACAACAUACUUAUAAAGUACUACACACACGCAUACAUACAAACAUGUACAUUAAAUAUUACAAAAAAAAAAAA